GCGCCACCGUCUGUCUUCUCUCCUCCGAUCUCUCCUUCUCCGGCCACCGCUUGCUAUUCCUUUCCAGUUGGGGUUUCCUGAACUUCGUGGGAAGAGAAACUUAACCUUCGUUCUUAUCUUUGAUUUUUACUCUUAGGGAUUGGAAAUUAGGGUUUUUGCAUCAUCUUUGCUGUUAAUCAGUUGCCCGGGGGUGGAACUUAGGGUUUCGGACUUCGAUUUGGCGCGCGGUUUUAUUCGAGGAUUGGAGAUUAAGGUUUUGCGAUUUUGUAGGCUGAUUUCGGAAUAGGGUUUUGGUGUUUUAUUGGAAUUUUUUUUUUUCGGUUAGGGUUUUUGAGUUGUUUUAGUUUGCUCCGGUGAUGCCGAAAGGUUCCAGGCACAAAUCCAGCAAGCAUGGUUCGAAGGAUGCUAGGGAUUAUUCGGAUUCGGAGAAAGAUUCAAGUAUGAAAGAGAAAGAGAGGAAGCCCAAAGAGGAGAGUAGCGGUAAAGUGUACAAGGAGUCGGGAUCUGUUGAGAAGCGGAAGCUUGAUUCCAGAGAUGCUAGUAAGGACCUACUUGGUCCAGGAAAUGGGGAGUAUUUGGAGGAGUACAGUUCGUCAAAGCGGCGAAAAGAGAGGGUUGAUGAUGGAGUGAGUGACAGGUGGAAUGGUGGUGAGGAUGAUGGUAGAGGAGAAAAGAAGUCAAAGGUGUCUAGCGAAUCAAAGAGUAAGAGGCGGGAAGAGCUGGAAGGAGAUGAUUUGAGGAAGAGUAAGAGUGAGGGCAAGAAUAGAGAAUCUAGUCGAAGGGAGGAGAGGGAGAGGGAAAGGGAGAGGGAGAGGGAUAGGAAGAGUAAAGAGGGAAAAGUUGAGAGAUUUGUUGAUGGUGAAGAACAUCCUGCUGCCAAACAAGCGGCUGUGAAAUCUGAGUUGGGUUUACAGGAUCAGUUGCAAAGUCCUGAGUCAGAAAGCCAGCUUGAGAGGCGAGCCCGGAAGAAGAAGGAUGGUCCUGGAGAUGGGUAUAAGCAUCUGGAAGAUAAUGGAGACCUCCAUGAUCGGCAAUUGUCUUUGAGGAAUGAUGGGAGACCAAAGGAUGACAAGGGCAAGGAUGAAAAAUAUAGAGAUAAGUAUCAGGAAGACAUUGACAGGGAAGAAAGGUACCAAGAUGACAAACUGAGAGAUGAGCGGCUUGCAAGAGAUCAUACCAAUAGUAGGUCUACUGAUAAGCAUUCGAGGGUCGAUAAGGAAUCUACUGAAAUUCGACAGAAGAAAUCUAAGACUCAAGAUAAUAGUGAUCGUGAGCAUGACCGUGACAAAGAGCAUGAUCGUGAUAGGGGAAGGGAGCGUGACCGUGACAUUGACAUAGGUCAUGACCAUGACCGUGAUCGUCAUCGAGACCGUGACUAUUACCGAGAACGUGAGCGCAACAGGGAUUGGGAUUAUGAUCGUGACUGUGAACGUGAUCGUGAAUGUGAUCGUGAUUGGGACAGAAACCCAGAGCGGGAUCGAGACCGUUAUCAUGACCAUGAUCGUCGUGAGAAUGACAAGGACAGAGAUCAUGGCAGAGAUCGAGAUGUUGACUAUGACCGUGAUGGGUAUUAUCUUGAUGAUCGGAAUGCUAGACAUAAAGAUAGCAAGGGAAGGAAGAGAUCUCCAGAUGACUAUGUUGAUAUUGAUGAUACCAAAGCCAGAGGUGUCAAAACUCAAUUUUCUGACAUAGAAAAUAAAUCUUUUAGCAGUAGUAGAGUUGAAUCAGAUGCUGAUAGGGGAAGGUCUGUUUCACGUCAAGCUCAUCUAGAGGCUGUUGUAGGUGGCAACAAAAGAUGGACUUCUCCAAGCUCCAGUUCCCAUGUUGGUGCUGAUGAUUUCAGACAUGUAAAACAGGAAGAUACCAAGUAUAAGGACCCUGUUACCGAACAUAGGUCCAAAGGAGCUUCAAGAGAUGUAACUGGUUUCUCUGGAUCAUCAGAUAGAGGCUAUAAGUAUAGAACUAUGGAGAAAUCUAGUAAAGUUGAUGAUGGCCAGGGGGAGUUGCCAAUUGAGAGGUCGUCAAGUUCUAAAGCUUCCCCAACCAGUUUCACUGAAAGAUCUCCUUCUUCAACAAGUCUUGAUGGUCGAUACACAAGAGUUGGUGGUAGGCGGAGUCUUGACAUUGAAGAAACAGGGCGGAGGGGUGGCAAUUCUGUUGAAGACAGAACAACUCGGGAAUUGCCAUCUGAGAAGCCUCUUUUGGAUGAGUCCUCUCAGGAUUCAGCAUUUUAUAAUAGUAAAGGCAACUCAUCUUUGAUUUAUCCACCACCUGGUUUUAGACCUGGACAUGGGAGCCCUUCUUUAAUGGGAUCUAUGGAAGAAGAUAACAGAAUUAACUUCAGUUCUCGUUUCAAGAGAAGUGGUGAUCCCAUUGUUGGCAGAGGGCAAGGAAAUGCUUGGAGGGGUACUCCAAAUUGGGCUGCACCAGUUUCAAAUGGCUUUAUCCCAUUUCAACAUGGUCCACCUCAUAGUGGUUUCCAAGCUAUGAUGCCACCAUUUCCCUCCCCCACUCUGUUUGGUGUCAGACCCUCUAUGGACAUUAAUCAUGCAGGGAUUCCGUAUCACAUCCCUGAUGCUGAAAGGUUUUCUGGUCAUAUGCGCCCAAUUGGCUGGCCAAAUAUGAUAGAUGGCUCAGGGCCAUCCCAUUUGCAUGGAUGGGAUGGAAAUAAUGUUUUUAGGGAUGAAACACACAUGUAUGGGGGGCCUGAGUGGGACCAGAAUAGGCAUCCAAUGAAUGGUCGGGGAUGGGAUGCCAAUUCAGAGGUGUGGAAAGGACAAAAUGCUGAUGCUGACUUGUCUUCCACAUUCCAGAAAGAGGAUAAUCCUGCCCAGGCCCCAGCUGAUGAUGUCUCUGAUGGACAAGAUGGUCAGAAGUGUCCAUAUGAAAGUAACCAGAAUGGUGUUCAGGCAGAAAACCAAGAAAUUAGAUCUGAUAUCCCAUUGCUGGCAAAAGAAUCUUCCAAAUCCCCACCUGAGAUUGCACAUGAGCCAACAUAUGAUUCUUCUAAAGUAUCAAGUGAUGACAAUAGUGCUCAUUUUUGCCAUGUUUAUCUUUCUAAGCUUGACAUUUCAACAGAACUUGCUGGUUCGGAGUUGUAUGGCCAGUGUAUGAGCUUAUUUGAUGGGGAGAAGAGUGAACCUUUGGUUAAAGAUGCAGCUAUGUUUGUAAAUUUAAAGGAUGGUGGGCGUGCGGUAGUCAAAGCUUCUAUUGGCUUGCUGAAUCCAUCACUUAUCCCUCCAGCAAGCAAUUUUAUUUUAAAGAAAGCUUUGGAUCUCUACAAGAGGCAAAGGCUAGAAAUGAGUGGUUUGCCACCUGUUAAUAGCCAGGUAUUAGAUUUUGUUUCAGCAUCCAAUCAGGAGCAAAAGGAGGAGAAAGUUUGCUUUCACAAUUUGGAAAAAACACAGGAGCUGGCUAUGAUAUCUGAGGCAGAAAUGCCAGAUGCAGCAACACCAAAUUCAGAUACAAUGAGAUCAGGUGCCAUUUCACCUGUUGCUUCUCAGGAAAAUGUGAUGGUGCUAGCUUCAGUUCAAGGUGAGGAGUGCCAAGAUCAUGCUGAGAACCCUUCUCAGGAGAAACUAGAGUUGCCAAAUCCAGAUGUCAUUAAUGAAAGUCCACAAGAGCCUAAACCGGUAUUGAAUGGUGAUAAGUUGGACGAAGUUAAGUCUGAACAGAUGAUCUUGGAGGAUGCGGGCAGAAGGGAUACUGCAUUGCAGGCUGCUGUUCUGCUCACCGAUUGUGAAAACCCAAAUAACAUAGAUAAAAUGGAAGAUUAUUCUUCUGUCAACUGCCCUAAGGAGAGGCAGGCUUUUGAUGAUGCAAUUAGUGGUUCUUUAUUUUUGUCAGGUGAUUCUUCUAAGGUAUCUGGGGUCUUAAUGCCUGAAUCAAAUGAGUCUGAGUCGGUAAUUUUAAGUCGGAUACAUGAUUCCCCUGAAAAUACACAUUGAAACAAUUUCUAUAUCCUUGUUCUUUAAUGCGUUUUCAUUAUUUUUGUUCCUAGUGUUUUUGUUGCGUCUUUUCAAGGAAAUAAAACAAAAUCUCCAGG